AAUGCGAUGGCCGCGCACUGUAUUAUUUUGAUUUUGUGAAAAACGUCGCUUUUAAGUGUAAUUUAGCCGAGAGCAAUGUUUCCGAACAGCACCGGAAUUCUAGCGACACCUUUGUAGGAAGAUAUCAUGGCCUCUGGAUCGGAAUCAGACUUGCAAUUAGCAAAGGACUUUCUGUUUUUCCCCGUUCAGUGAAGGCCUAACGUUACACUAGCGGCGUUUUGGUAGUUCGGUGAAGCGGGCAACAGACUUGAAAGGAGCGGGGUUGUUUGUAAAUAGCAUGGAUCCAGACAAUGGAGCAGACCGUGCUCUCAGUCUGCAAUGGAAGAGCUACAAGCUUCUUCAGGACCCAACCAUAAGGAGGGUUGCCCAGAAAAUCUACAGAUACGAUGGAAUUCACUUCAGCGUUCCAGAUUCAGGUUUCCCACCGGUUGGGGAGUUACGUGACCCCCGACCACGCCGGAUCUGGUCUAGACACACUGAUAUGGUGCUGCCAUUGCCCAAAUUUAAGCUGGAUGAAUACUAUGUGGGGCCCAUCCCACUUAAGGAGGUGACUUUUGCUCGUCUCAAUGACAACAUCAAGGAGCCCUUUUUGGCGGAGAUGUGUGCCAAGUUUGGUGAGGUGGAGGAGAUGGAAAUCCUGUUCCAUCCGAAGACCAGGAAGCAUCUUGGCCUAGCAAGGGUGCUGUUUACCAGCACUAGGGGAGCGAAGGAUACAGUCAAGCACCUGCACAACACCUCGGUCAUGGGCAACAUUGUCCAUGUUCAGCUUGACAUAAAAGGCCAGCAGAGAAUGAAGUACUAUGAUCUGAUAGUGAAUGGCUCCUACACCCCACAAACAGUACCCACUGGAGGAAAGGCCUUGACUGAGAGGUUCCAGCCUCCUGCCCCUACCCAGCCAGACACGUCCUCAGAUAUUAGGCGGCGGCUUUCAACAGAACAGUUGACAAUGCCCGCUGGCAUACCCCCUGUUACGUCUGGUAGCACCACACCGUGUUCUGCGGAUACAGGCUUUGGUGAUCAGCGUCUGGACAACACCCCCUCUUCCUUGGGUGGGCCCUACACCCCAGGUUCCACAUCCUCCCAGGGUGGGGGGACUCCCUACACCCCUCGCUCAGGGACCCCUUUCUCCCAGGAUUCCGGCUAUGCCGUUGGAAGGCACGGUGGUUUCAGUGCUGGUCCUAUGGGAAGCGGCUACCCUCCGCAGGACAUCCUGCCCUCGUCCUCCUGUUCCUCCUCAGCAGUCUCCUCCUCGUCAUCACUGGGCGGCUUCAAGGGCUCCCGUUACCACGACGACCCCCACAUGCCCCCCCAGGAGCCCCCCAUGUUCCACCGAGGUCGCCCCGGCUACCCACCGCCCUCUGCUCCCUUCCGACCCAACGAGCCCCCCUGUUACCCACCUUUCGCCAACCCCGGCGCCCAUCACAUGCCGCUUCACCCGCCCAUGCCACCUCCCUCGCAAGUCCCCCAGUACGAGCAGCAGCCGCCCAUGUUGGACCGGGACCGGGACAGGGACAGAGACAGGGGUCCGGGGCGGGACAGGGACCGAGAUCGGGACCGCGAGAGGGACCGAGACAGAGACUCGGCCGGACGCUACGGAGGCAUCAGCUCUCGCCGCGGCUCCUACCACCACCAGCAGGAGGCCACCGCCGCCACCUCCUCUUCGGCCUCCUCGGCCUCCUCCUUGGGUAAGUCCUCCCAUCAUUCCCACCACUCGCACCACGGGCACCACGGAGAGCGGCGGGCCAGCGAGGACCGGGAGCGUGGUUACCGGCGCGACAGUGUGGGCUCGCGCUCAGGGGACCACGGCCACCAGAGGCAUCGCAACCACCACCACUCACACAACCACCACGGGGCCAGCCGCAGGCGGGACAGCCGGGACCGCGAGCGCGACUGGGAGCGCGAUGCUCCCGACUACGCCAGCAGUUCCGACCCGCGAUACGGUCACCCCAACUCCUCAGGGCACCACCGGUCCUCCAACAGCCUGUCGCCUCCCUACUCGUCGUCAUCGUCCUCCGGCUCGGCGUCUAAAGACCAUCUCCCACUACCCCACCACGAACCCUCCAGCUCCUCUCGCUUGGACCCCGCGUCCUCUCGUCUUGGGGACCGGGGCCUGGGCAGCUCGUCAGACGGUGACUUCCGGGCCGUUCCGCACCACACUCCCCUGCCACCACCUCCUCCGCCUCCUCCCCCACCUUUGCCCCCGGCUUCGGUCAUAGCGGCCGCCGUGGCAGAGACUCUAGGCGCUCUGGACUUCGGUCAGGACAGUCCGGUGCGCGAGGAGCAAUGGACCAAACCCAAACGCCGUCCCAGCACACCGCCCAUCCCUCCCCGCUCCCCUCCCCCCUCCUCCCCUCUCCACCCGGCUGUGGCCUCUUCCUCCAGCUCGCCCUCCUCUACCUCUCUGCCCCACCACCUCCCUCCCUCCUCCUCCUCGGCGUCCCUCUCGCCCGCGCUGCCCCAGCGCGACUCCUCCUCCCCAGAGCCGGACUCCACCAACGAGAGCCUGCCGUUCAUGCACCACAGCAGCAGCCUGGACUCACGUAUCGAGAUGCUCCUCAAGGAGCAGAAGGCCAAGUUCUCCUUCUUGGCCUCUGACGAAGAGGAAGAGGAGGGCGAGGAGAGGCCCAAGGGCUCGGGGGGUCAGCGAGACGCAGGGGGAGUGGGGACCGCACCCGGAGCGGAGGAGAGCAGGAGCAGGAAGUCCCGGGAGGAAGGCGGAGAGAGGGAGCGUCAGCGGAGGAGAGGAGAGACUGAUGAGACCCAUGCGCGGAGGAAAGGAGAGAGGGACAGAGACGGGCGCAGGCACCGAGGCCGAAAGCAGGGCUCCGAGGAAGCAGAGGAGACGAGGAAGAGCCCUGCGGUGAUCGCCGCGGCAACACCUUCGUCGACGGCUCAGAGCACUGUCUCGGAGUCACCACUGGUCCAGAGUGGCCUCUCCAAUGCCUACAGGCAGGAAGAAUCUGUCGACAGCAAGAAGAAGGGGGCACAUACGCCACCCACCUACAACGGGCAAGCCCAGGCCUCCCCACACUCCUCUGGGGAGGACAUGGAAAUCUCUGACGAGGAGGAGGAGAACCCCAUGGCCGCAGCCUCGGCCCUGUCGUCCUCCUCGUCCCCGACGGCCUCUUCGCAGUCGGCGCUGCCCCCUCAGACGCCGGACCCCUCGUCCACCCCCCCGCCCUCCCUCUCGGACUCCGGCCAGCACUUCAGCUCGGCCAUGCCACCGCCCCCCAUCCCCUCCUACCCUCCUCACCUGCCCCCACCUCCCCCGCCGGGCUUCUCCCUGCAGCCCCCUCCCCCGCCGGGCAUCCCGCCGCCGAUGCCGCCCAUGGAGCUGCACCCGGAGUACCCGCCGCCACUGGGCCACCACCUGCCUUACGACUACGCCUCGUCCGUGGAGCUGAUGAGCCAGUACAGCGGCGGCGCGCCCAUGUCCUUCCAGAUGCAGACGCAGAUGCUCAGCCGCCUGCACCAGAUGCGCGCCACGGGGUCCUCCAAUGGCACGGCGGCCCCUCCACCCGGCGAGGCGCCCCCACCAGGGGCCUCCUACCACCUGCACGGGAUGCCCCCGCCGCCGCCGCACCACCCCUACAUGGACCAAGAGGGCGCAGCUGGUGCCCACUACGACCAGGACCACCGUUAUAUGCCCCCUCACAUGCCCUACGCCUACCCGGACCCCCACACGGGCCAGCUGCCGCCUCCCCACCACCCCCACUCGCUGCCUCCGCCACCACCCUCGGCCUGGCCACCGCACGUGCUGCCCCAGCACUACCCCUCGCACUACCCGCCGCCGCCAUUCGGGGCGCUGAGCGGCGCGGAGGGGGAGCAGUACGUGGCGCCGGCUGACCCGCAGGUGCCCAUGCUGGGCCAGAGCCCGCAUGAGGCCACGGUGCAGCUGGUCAUGGCCUCGCUCAUCCAGGAGAUGAAGAACAUCAUGCAGAGGGACCUCAAGCGCAAGAUGGUGGAGAACAUCGCCUUCGGCACCUUCGACGAGUGGUGGGAGCGCAAGGAGAGGAAGGCCAAGCCCUUCCAGACCCCCAUGCGAGGCGUGGCGGUGCGGGAGGAGGAGAAGAAGGAGGAGAAGCAGACCAGCAGCCGGCCAGUGCAGCCACUCAUGUCCCUGGUGGACUGGGCCAAGAGCGGCGGCAUGGAAGGCUUCGCCCUGCGGGGGGCGCUCCGACUGCCUUCCUUCAAGGUAAAAAGGAAAGAACCGCAAGAGCUGGGUGAUGGCGGAGAGAUGAAGAUCAAGCGACCCUCCACACCGCCUGAUGAGGAAGAUGAAGACUCUUACCAGGGUAAAGUUGCGGACGGUGCCGGUGGCCGAGGUGAUGGAGACGGCCGUGGCUCAGAGAGGGACAGCAGCAGACGGCGAAAGAAAAGGACGAAGAGCAGGAAGGGCUUUGACCUGGACAGUGAAGGAGAGGAGACGUCCGAGGGCUCCUCCUCUGACAAGGAAGAUGAGGACAGCGACAAGGAGGAGGAGUCAGAUGAUGAGGCAAUCAGUGGUGACAGUGAUGAUGAAAGCCUCUCCUCUUCCUCUGAAACAUCCUCUUCCUCAUCGCUAUCCUCGUCAUCAUCAUCAGAAGAUGAGGAAGAGGAGGAAGAGGGCGAGAGGGCUGGGGAGAGUGAAGGUCUGGACACCAUGGAUGAGUCCACCAUGGACAGCAUGGCACUGGACUCCGAGAAGGAGAAUGAGAGUGAUAGAGCACUUGUCAACCAAUCAGCUGCAGCUGCUGGCUCAGAGAUUAAAUCAGAAGUCACUCCAUUACCAAAGGACCAGCGGCCUCCCUCUCCACCUAUGCCUCCCCCUCGACCGUCCUCCCCAGUCCUCCUCCUCCCCCCGCUCAAAAAGCGCAGAAAGACCGUCUCUUUCUCCACGGACGAGUCCGACUUCAAGCCCCCCAGUGCCCCCCUGUCCCAGUCUGCCUCGGCCGCUGCCCCCCAGCCUGCCCCGCUCCUCCCGGUCAAAGCACAACCCCCCGAGCCCUCGGCCAGCGCCCCGGCCGCCACCGUCCCCGCGGCCUCCGCGAACAAAACCCCCCUGCUGCUCCCCUUCGCCUCGCGUCCCGGAGAGGCCAAUGCACUGUCCCCGUCCCCGUCCCCAGGCCCCGCCGCCGUGCUCACCGUGCCACCCCCGGUGCGCGCCCUGCGGCCCGAGGAGCCAAAGAAGCCAAACAGCGCCAAGCAGCGCCGCGGUGCUGCCGCCGCCGCCAAAGACGUGCCCAAGCCUGCGCCCGUGUGCCGCACCGUGCAGAACCUACCGCUGGACCAUGCCUCCAUGGUGCGUGUGGCCUACGAGGAGCCGGCACCACCCAGCCCCGUCCACAAGGGCCGAGGGCGCGGCCGGCCGCGCACCUCCAGCAUCUCGGCCCCCUCGGCCACUCACCCGCCGCUGCUAGAGGAGGAUGAGGACGAGGAGGACGAGCUGGACGAGAGGGAGCGUGAGCAGAGGCUCCGGCUGCGGGAGCAGCUGGGCGCGUCCAGCCUGCUGCAGCUCGCCUCGGCGUCUACGCCCGACCUGGCUGUUCUUGCCGACGUGGCGCUCACCCUGGAGCCUGGCGACGGCGACUCGGAGGAGACGGAGACAUCGGACGAGGCGGAGGAGCACAAGCUGGAGGAGGACGACUUCCUGUUCUCCCCACGGGGCCGCGCGCCCGUCCCGUCCACCAUGCACCCCGAGGGCCUGCUGGCGCUCGCCGAGCACAACUACUUCCGGGCGCCCGUGGUGCCCCAACCCUCGCCGACCCCCGCCUCCCACAGGAAGGGCUCCGCCGGCAAGACAGAACCGGCCUUACUCUUGCCCUCCGACCUCAACCACCACGCCAUCUCGAGCGUGUUGGAGGCGCCGGAGGAGGUCAUCGGGGAGGCCGCCAUCACCGACCCGUACGGGCCCCUGGGACUGCUGUGUGAGGCCGGAGACGUGGCCGAGGCGAAGGCGGCGGCUCUCACCCCGCCAGGACCAGGGGCCAAACGCAGAGGCCCGGCAGCGGCACGGGAGACUGAGCUGGAGGCCGUGGUGCUGGGGAAGACCAAGAAGAGGAGGAGGAAAGACUCAGCGGAGCUGGAGCCAGUGUCGCCCAAGAAGCAGAAGGAAAAGGAGACCAAAAAGCAGAAGAAGAGGAAGCCGGAGGAUGUGGAGCCGGAGGUGGACGUGGACGUGGAGCAGCUGGAGUCGGGCGAGCUCUCGGACUCAGACGACCUGUCCGACUCGGACGACGAGCUGUUUGGCCGCACCGCCGACGGCCAGCCCGAGGAGCUGCGCAAGAGCGAGCGGCUCUUCCUGCAGGAGGCGGGCCUGACCCCCCAGCGACGACCGAAGCAGCACCAGCUCGUCCCUCGCACGCCCUCGCCGCCCCCACCACUGCCACGCUCCUACGACCAGCGCAGCGAGUUCGAGCAGAUGACCAUCCUGUACGACAUCUGGAACUCGGGGCUGGACGGCGAGGACAUGCGACUGCUAAAGAGCACCUACGAGAAGCUCCUCCAGAACGACCAGAGCUCAGACUGGCUCAACGACACACACUGGGUCCCCCACACUGUGACCAAUCUCCCGCACCCACGGCGCAAGAAGAAGGCGGUGGACGGACAAUUGAGGGAGCACGUGACCGGCUGUGCCCGAAGCGAGGGCUACUAUGCCAUCAGCCGCAAGGAGAAGGACGUCUACCUGGACCUGGACCUGCCCGAGUCCAUGCUGGAGAUGGACUACGACGUCACGGGUUCGAACCGCCUCCUCUCAGAGAGGCGCUCAGAGCAGCGGCGUCUCCUGAGUGCCAUCGGCACGCCGGCCGUCAUGGACUCAGACCUCCUCAAGCUCAAUCAGCUCAAGUUCCGGAAGAAGAAGUUGCGUUUUGGACGCAGUCGUAUCCACGAAUGGGGUCUGUUUGCCAUGGAGCCCAUUGCAGCGGACGAGAUGGUCAUAGAAUAUGUGGGCCAGAACAUCAGACAGAUGGUGGCUGAUAACCGCGAGAAGCGCUACGCUCAAGAGGGCAUCGGGAGCAGCUACCUGUUCAGAGUUGACCACGACACAAUCAUAGAUGCUACUAAGUGUGGAAACCUGGCUCGCUUCAUCAACCAUUGCUGCACGCCCAACUGUUACGCAAAGGUGAUCACCAUCGAGUCUCAGAAGAAGAUUGUGAUCUACUCCAAGCAGCCCAUCGGCGUCAAUGAAGAGAUCACCUACGACUACAAGUUCCCCAUUGAGGAGAACAAGAUCCCCUGUCUGUGCGGGACAGAAAACUGCCGUGGAACUCUCAACUGAGAGGCCUCGUGGCUAGACGGACCCCAGUGCUCACACACACACACACACACACACCCACACACACACACACACACACACUCCUAUUCCUGCUGCCUGGUUAGCACUGCCUCGCAGCGUUCAGAUCCUUGGCCACCCCCUCCACCCCAGCUUCCAUAGUGACACCCGCUUCGACAACUGAAAAAAGAAGAAGGAAAGAAAGUACACAGUUUCUCAUAUUCAUUGACUACAGGCUACCUAGCAGCCGGCUAUCUGACUUUCUUCACAAGCUAAGUCAAGACGGCCAACUCCAAAGCAAACCUACAUGCCUAUGACCCUCAUAGAGACUUCUAAUCUGCUGCUCACUGACUGGAAGUAGAACAUGGGAACACACACACUCACCCCCCUGGCUUACUGACUGGAAGUAGAACAUGGGAACACACACAGUCACCCCCCCUGGCUUACUGACGCUGUGCAGGUGCAGGCCUCUCACAUAGAUCACUUUGAGAGCGUCUCCGCAAGAGUGGGCCGUGAUCCAAAAGCCGUAUUUGUUCAACACAAAUUUCAUCUGAAUUCCAGGUCCUGGAAUUUUCUCUUGCUGCAGUAUUGGAUGAGGUGUGUGCAAGUGUGUGUGUGUGUGUGUGUGUCUAUGAAUGAAUGAGAGAGAGAGAGUAAAUGUGAGUGAAAGUUUUUUCAGAUCCCAGUGUUCUUAUGCCCUGUUAGAGUUUUAGUUUAUUUUUUUAAAUGUUUGACUGAGAGUCUGUGAGUUUAUGGACAGGUCUUGUCUGAAAAGAUGCCUCACAUCUCUCUCUCUCUCUCUCUCUCUCUCUCUCUCUCUCUCUCUCUCUCUCUCUCUCUCUCUCUCUCUCUCUCUCUCUCUCGUUCGCUCACAUGUUCUGCAGCUCUGUUGCCAGGACAAUGUUUAUACCAUUGGCAGACGUUUCAUUUAGUUUCUUUCCUUAAGUGCUUAUACCUUCAAGCGCACAGCUGUCAGUUGGCAGAAUCGUAUAUGGCCAUUUAAAGGGCAUAUUGAGCUGGCUGCAUUCAAAGAUGUCCGUUUUAAAGUUACAUUUUCAAAUGAUGCAAGACAUUGGAAGAGCUAGGUGGUUCAUGUUCAGAAUAAAGUUCGCAACAUUGUUCUUAGUUAAGGAUGAACUUUUCAGCAUUAGAAGUAUUAUGCCUAUACUACAAGGCUUUUAAAGUUUGGUAUAAGCUGUGAGAACAGUGAAAGUGAUUGUGUGCCCAUCCUUGUUGCUUGUGAUUGGCAUGUUUCCGCUACACUGUAUGCAAAGUUUGAUUUCUUGGCUCUGUCAUUGAUUUUAUUUUUGCCUAUUUCUCAUGGUGGUUAGAAUUGCUUCAGUUCACAUGGAAUACCCAUAAUACUCAGUUCUCAACAUGUGAAAUACCAUUGUUGUGUUGUG